AUGGCGCCCGAUUCAAGCCUUCGCAACAAGUCGAGCAAUUUCUUGAGCAUUUUUGCUUCUGCGGGUCAAUUGAUCAGAAAAACCCAACCGGGUCAUCGCGCCGCUCUCUCCGCCGCCGUCAACAGGUUCGACGAUUCCUUGGUUCCUAGGUCCAAUGUUUCUUCUAUAGAUGUCAAAAGCAAUCCUUCAUCCGAUGAGAAUCUUCUCCGUGUCAUUGAAUCGGAAAUCACAUGUGCUCAGGAAAUGGAUGAAUUCGGCGAUGCUGAGGAGGUUCCGAGUAAUUUUCCAUUUAAGAUAAUUGAUAGUCCUGGACAAUAG